UGCGCACAGAUACAGUUUCACACCAUGUGCUUCAAAUCUUUGGCAAGCCAACACAUAUGUCGGUCUGUGCGCAAUGAGCGAGUCUUCGUAGACGAUAGACUCUAAGUAAUUGCUUAAAUUUAAAACUCACACGUUCUCAAUGCAGGCAGGUGGCAGCGGGUGAUCGUGCGCGCGGAUGUGUUCAGGACAGCCAGAAACAUCUCCGGAGGCGCACUUUUCCAUUCACAGAGCUCACUCAACCUCAUGGAUGACAAUUUGAAGAUAGGCUUCGACCCCACGGGCAAGCCGGUGUUGAUGGAGGAUAAAAGGAACGACACUGGCGCUCUUGGGAACUCCAGCGACCCGUUUGGCCGGAACGAGGAGGUCGCCAAGAUCGAGAUCACAAUGCUUAGCGUGACAUUCGUCGUGGCUGUGGUGGGGAACCUGAGCGUGCUACUGGCCAUGUACAUGAGCCGACGGAAGCCCUCGCGCAUGCACCUGUUCAUGAAGCAUCUGAGCCUCGCGGACUUGGUAGUGGCCUUUUUCCAGGUGCUACCGCAGCUCUGUUGGGAGAUCACCUUCCGCUUCUACGGGCCCGACUUCCUGUGCCGCAUCGUCAAGCACCUGCAGGUGCUAGGGAUGUUCGCGUCCACCUACAUGAUGGUGAUGAUGACGCUGGACCGCUACAUCGCCAUCUGUCACCCGAUGCAGACCCUUCACCAGCCCACGCAGCGCGCCUAUAUGAUGAUCGGGGCCACCUGGGUGUGUAGUCUUGCCCUGAGCAUGCCCCAGUAUUUUAUCUUUUCCCUGAGCGAGGUCCACCCGGGCUCGGCCGUGUAUGACUGCUGGGGACACUUCAUCCAGCCGUGGGGCGUGCGCGCCUACAUCACCUGGAUCACAGUGGGCAUCUUCCUCGUGCCCGUGGCCGUGCUCAUGCUCUGCUACGGAUUCAUCUGCCGGUCCAUCUGGCGGAACAUAAAGUACAAGACCCAGAAGGGCACUAGCGUGAUGGCACUUGCGACCAAGAAUGGGCUGAUCGGGACGAGUUCAGUCAGCAGCGUCACCACCAUCUCGCGCGCCAAACUGCGCACAGUGAAAAUGACUUUCGUGAUCGUGCUGGCGUACGUGGUGUGCUGGGCUCCGUUUUUCACCGUGCAGAUGUGGUCGGUGUGGGAUGAGAGCUUCUCGUGGGUAGACUCCGAGAACACCGCAGUCACCCUCUCGGCUCUGCUGGCCAGUCUGAAUAGCUGCUGUAACCCGUGGAUCUACAUGAUCUUCAGCGGCCACCUCCUCUCUGACAUGGUCCACUGUCUGCCGUGCUGCCGGGGGCUGCUCCACAAAUUCGGCCAUCAAGACUCGAACAGCAGCAUCCGCCGCACCACACUCCUGACCCGGGUACCGCCUCCGGCCCUACCCCAUCGGAGCUCAGAGAAAAGCUCUUGCAAAGAUUGCUUCCACAACUCCCACAGGAACUGUCAAUCAAUCCCGGUGUCUUAACCCGGGUGCUCACACUGUCCAUAUAUAUAUAUAUUGUACAUGUGGUUCUUGCGCAACGCCACGGUGAUGAAGGCUAUCAUAAGUUUAGCGGGAGGCUUAAUGGAAACAGAGUCAGAACAGAGUCAGUGCAUCCAUCUCUCCUGGAGCUUGUGUUUCUGCUCAGAGAGGUGUUCAACACACAUCAAUCCGUAAGUGGAAAUGUGGUAGGCUAUAACUAGCUAUAACUAUCCUGUCUCUUCUUGCCAAAUGGGAACUGACUGACUGGAGGCAUUUAAAACCCAGACAGUGCUAAUAUUUAUGCUCUUACAAGCUCUUAUGGGCCCACACUCAUGCAGCGGUCAGAAUCGUUGCCAUUAACCGGUCAUUCCAAAUGAAGCGAGUGGUCUGUCAUUGUAUAUGUGUUAUUCAAUAACUAAUCAUAUGCCUAAUAUGCCUAAUAUACACAACCGUUAAAGGUUUGGGGUCAUUUAGAAAUGUCCUUGUUUUUGAAAGAAAAGCAUAUUUUUUUUGUCCAUUAAAAUAACAUCAAAUUGAUCAGAACUACACUGUAGACAUUGUUAAUGUUGUAAAUUACUAUUGUAGCUGGAAACGGCAGAUUUUUUUAUGGAAUAGCUACGUUGGCGUACAGAGAGGCCCAUUGUCAGCAACCAUCACUCCUGUGUUUCAAUGGCACGUUGUGUUAGCUAAUCCAAGUUUAUCAUUUUAAAAGGCUAAUUGAUCAUUAGAAAACCCUUUUGCAAUUAUGUUAGCACAGCUGAAAACUGUUGUCCUGAUUUAAAGAAGCAAUAAAACUGGCCUUCUUUAGACUAGUUGAGUAUGUGGAGCAUCAGCAAGAGUGGGUUCGAUUAUAGACUCAAAAUGGCCAGAAACAAAGCACUUCUGAAACUCGUCAGUCUAUUCUUGUUAUGAGAAAUGAAGGCACCGCGAGAAAUUGCCAAGAAACUGAAGAUCUCGUACAACGCUGUGUACUACCCCCUUCACAGAACAGUGCAAACUGGCUCUAACCAGAAUAGAAAGAGGAGUGGAAGGACCCGGGGCACAACUGAGCAAGAGGACAAGUGCAUUAGAGUGUCUAACUUGAGAAACAGACACGUCAUAAGUCCUCAAAUUGCAGCUUCAUUAAAUAGUACCUGCAAAACAUCAGUCUCAACGUCAACAGUGAAGAAGCGACUCCGGGAUGCUGGCCUUCCAGAGUAGCAAAGUCUCAGCCCAGUCAAAACUGUUCGCUGCUCUGGCCCCCCAAUGGUGGAACAAACUCCCUCACGACGCCAGGACAGCGGAGUCAAUCACCACCUUCCGGAGACACCUGAAACCCCACCUCUUUAAGGAAUACCUAGGAUAGGAUAAAGUAAUCCUUCUCCCCCCCCCCCCCCCCCCCCCUUAAAAGACCUAGAUGCACUAUUGUAAAGUGGCUGUUCCACUGGAUGUCAUAAGGUGAAAGCACCAAUUUGUAAGUCGCUCUGGAUAAGAGCGUCUGCUAAAUGACUUAAAUGUAAUGUAAUGUAAUGUAAAUGUACGAGAUCUUCAGUUUCAUGUCAAUUUGUUCCAUGGAAUAGCCUUCAUUUCUCAUAACAAGAAUAGACUGAUGAGUUUCAGAAUAAAGUUAUUUGUUUCUGGCCAUUAUGAUCCUGUAAUCGAACCCACAAAUGCUGUUGCUCCAGAUACUCCACUAGUCUAUUGCUUCUUUUUUUAAUAAUAUUUUAUUUAUUUAUUAUAUCCCCUUUUUCGUGGUAUCCCAUUUGUAGUAGUUACUGUCUUGUCUCAUCGCUGCAACUCCCGUACGGACUCGGGAGAGGCGAAAGUCGAGAGCCAUGCAUCCCAACCAAGCCACACCCAACCAAGCCACACCGCUUCUUGACACAACGCACAUCCAACCCAGAAGCCAGCCGCACCAAUGUGUCGGAGGAAACACCGUGCACCUAGCGACCUGGUCAGAGUGCACUGCGCCCGGCCCGCCACACGAGUCGCUAGUGCGCAAUGAGACAAGGAUAUCCAAACCCUCCUUAACCCGGACGAUGCUGGGCCAGUUGUGUGCCGCCCCAUGGGCCUCCUGCGACAGAGCCUGGGCUCAAACCCAGAAUCUCUGGUGGCACAGCUAGCACUGCGAUGCAGUGCCUUAGAUCACUGGGCCACCCGGGAGGCCCAGUCUUAUUGGUUCUUUAAUCAGGACAACAGUUUUCAGCUGUGCUAACAUAAUUGCAAAAGGGUUUUCUAAUGGUCAAUUAGCCUUUUAAAAUGAUAAACUUGGAUUAGCUAACACAAUGUGCCAUUGGAACACAUUAUUGUUGGUUGCUGAUAACUGGCCUCUGUAUGCCUAUGUAGAUUUCCAUAAAAAUUGUGCAGUUUCCAGCAACAAUAGUCAUUUACAACAUUAACAAUGUUUACACUGUAUUUCUAAUCAAUUUGAUGUUAUUUUAAUGGGCAAAAAAUGUGCUUUCCUUUCAAAAACAAGGACAUUUCUAAGUGACCCCAAACCUUUGAAGGUAGUGUAUGGUAAUUGCACUUUUUGACAGGUUGACUGUGACUUGAUGAUUGUUUGGUUAUGUUUAGGUUUACAGUACAUUGUCCCAUUAAAUUGUUAUAAAAUGUUUAUAAAAGGUUUUAACAAAAAACAAUAAUAUACUGGCACACAUCACUCUUCUCUCUCCCUUUAUCUCCCCCAACGGACCGCUCUCCUCCCCUCUCCCCAUCAAGCCCUUCACUCCAUCUUUGUGAAGUAUGGUGUUGUUUCUUUCAUUGACUCUCCAUCAUCCCUCGGGGGUUUUCAGUCUGUGAGAGUUAAUACGCUUGAAAUUGGUCAGUUCGUUGAUGAGUGUUCUGUGGGGAGUGUCGAGGAGUGACACUGGACCCUGGGUUCCAUUCCAUUUCAAAUACAUUCCAUUCAAAAUACAUUUAGAUAAGAGCCAUGCAUUGAUGUUUGAUGUUGUUGUAAACAUAUGUGAUUGAUUUGAAAUGCACAGUGUGUCCCAAAACAAAUAUCACUAUUUCCUUUGUACUUUAGGUAUUUCAUGGCGUCAUCUCAAUGUGACCUCUUUCACCUGUACAUAUUGCGUCUGAGAUUGUAGGACGUUAUGCUGUGAAGGGUGGCAGGUAGCCUAGUGGUUAGAGUAUUAGACCCGUAACUGAAAGGUUGCUGGAUCGAAUCCCCAAACUGACGAGGUAAAAAUCUGGUGUUCUACUCCUGAACAAGGCAGCCAUCAUUGUAAAUAAGAGUUUGUUCUUAACUGACUUGCCUAGUUAAAUAAAAAUAUAUGGAAUAUGU